CACGAAGUGGCGAUUUGCACAGAAGAGUAUAGUAGAGAAACACAGCAAUGUGACAAUUUUGAGUGUGCAAGCCAUCGAAAACGUGGAGAAGGCGAUGUUGAACUUCGAUCCCGUCUUGCAACUGAUGCGAGUCGAGCAGCUCUAAGAAGAUACAAUGAAACGAAACAUGAACAAGAACUGCGACUUGCAUCUUCGGCAGAAAGGUCUAGAUUGAAAAGAUCAGCUGAGAAUGAGAAGGAAAAAGGAGAACGUCUUGCAAGUGCAGCAAAGAGGGCGAGAACAAGAAGACUGGCUUCGUCGGAAAGACAAGAAUUGUCACAUGCAACGCAGAAUCACCUUCAACUACCGUAUCCAAACGAGAACGAGAGUGUAGUGAGGGAGGAAGCGUCAUUCAGG